CUCCACUGUGAGCUGCCGAGGGCCCAGUGCCCAGACCAGUGCCAUGGCCACGGGGCGUUCAUACCAGACACCGGGCUGUGCAGCUGUGACCCCAACUGGAUGGGACCUGACUGCUCCAUGGAGGUGUGCUCAGUUGACUGUGGGACCCAUGGAGUGUGUAUGGGCGGAGCUUGCCGCUGUGAGGAAGGCUGGACAGGUGCAGGCUGUGAUCAGCGUGUGUGCAAUCCGCUCUGCAUCAAACACGGAACCUGCAAGGACGGGAAGUGCCAGUGUCAUCAGGGCUGGAACGGAGAGCACUGCACUAUCGACGGCUGUCCUAACUUAUGUAAUGGGAAUGGCCAGUGCACCAUGGGACAGCAAAGUUGGCAUUGUGAAUGCCAGACAGGCUGGAGGGGCCCUGGCUGCAGUGUUGCAAUGGAGACCUCCUGCGCUGACAAUAAGGACAACGAAGGAGAUGGACUAACAGACUGCAUGGACCCAGACUGCUGCAUCCAGAGUCCCUGUCAGAACAGUCCACUGUGUCGGGGCUCCAGGGACCCUCUCCAGGUCAUCCAGCAAACCCCAGUGUCCCAGUCCCGUGUCCGUUCCUUCUACGACCGUGUCAAGAUGCUUGUGGGGCGGGACAGCACCCAUAUCCUGCCCGGAGAAAACCCGUUCAACUCCAGUUUGGCAUCUCUGAUCCGGGGUCAGGUGUUGACUACAGAUGGAACCCCUCUGGUGGGGGUGAACGUGUCUUUUGUCAACUAUCCCCACUAUGGAUACACGCUGACACGGCAGGAUGGAAUGUUUGACCUGAUAGCUAACGGUGGUGCGUCACUGACUCUGCGAUUCGAGCGCGCCCCGUUCCUGAGCCAGGAGCGCACCGUGUGGCUGCCCUGGAGCCAGUUUUAUGCUAUGGACACUCUGGUGCUUAAGACAGAAGAGAACACGAUCCCGGGCUGUGACCUGAGCGGCUUCGUCAGGCCUGACCCUCUUGUGAUUGCAUCCCCUCUCUCCUCCUUCUUCAGCUCCAAGCCAGGGGAGAAACCCAUCAUACCGGAGACACAGGUGCUGCAUGAGCAGAUCGAGGUGCCUGGCACAAGUCUAAAGCUGUGCUACCUAAGCUCCAGGACUCAGGGUUACCGCUCGCUGCUCAAGGUGACCAUGACUCCAGCUGUGGUGUCCAUGGGCCUGCUGAAGGUUCACCUGAUGGUAGCAGUGGAGGGCCACCUCUUCCAGAAGUGGUUCCAUGCCUCACCCAAUUUAGCCUACACCUACAUCUGGGAUAAGACCGAUGCAUAUGGGCAAAGGGUCUACGGACUUUCUGAAGCUGUUGUAUCUGUGGGCUAUGAGUAUGAGUCCUGUGCCAGUCUCAUCCUCUGGGAGAAGAGGACAGCAAUUCUGCAAGGCUACGAACUGGAUCCCACAAGUCUGGGUGGCUGGUCACUCGACAAGCAUCAUAUACUAAACACACGCAGUGGCAUCCUUCACAAGGGAAGUGGUGAGAACAUCUUUGUGACAGAGCAGCCCCCAGUUAUCACCAGUAUUAUGGGAAACGGCCGGAGACGCAGUAUCUCUUGCCCCAGCUGUAAUGGCCUAGCAGAUGGCAACAAACUGCUGGCACCGGUUGCCUUAGCAAUGGGAAUCGAUGGCAGCCUCUAUGUCGGGGAUCUCAACUUUGUACGCAGGGUUUACCCAUCUAUGAACACAACUGGCAUCCUGGAACUAAGGAACAAAGAUUUCAGACAUAGCAAUAACCCAACCCAUAAGUACUUCCUGGCAGUGGAUCCAGUAACUGGGGCUUUGUUCAUCUCCGACACCAACUCCCGCAGAAUUUACCGUGUUCGUUCAUUAACGGGAGGACGCCUGCUGUCGGACAAUGCAGAGGUGGUUGCUGGGACAGGGGAGCAGUGCCUGCCCUUUGAUGAACGCUGCGGUGAUGGCGGCAAAGCCACUGAAGCUACGCUUAUGAGCCCCAAAGGUAUCGCAGUAGAUAAAAAUGGGCUGAUGUACUUUGUGGAUGCCACCAUGAUUCGUAAGGUGGACCAGAACGGCAUCAUCUCCACGCUGCUGGGUGCCAAUGAUCUGACUGCAGUACGGCCACUGAGCUGUGACUCCAGCAUGGACGUCAGCCAGGUGCGUCUUGAAUGGCCCACAGACUUAGCAGUGAACCCCAUGGACAACUCCCUUUACGUCCUGGAAAACAAUGUCAUCCUACGCAUCACUGAGAACCACCAGGUGAGCAUCAUAGCAGGUCGGCCCAUGCAUUGUCAAGUACCGGGUAUUGACUACAGCCUUAGUAAGCUGGCUAUACAUGCGGCCCUUGAGAGCGCUACAGCCAUUGCCCUGUCCCACACUGGCAUCCUCUACAUCGCUGAGACAGAUGAGAAAAAGAUCAACAGAGUCAGACAGGUGAGCACUAAUGGAGAAAUCUCUCUCCUGGCUGGUACUCCCUCCGACUGUGACUGCAAGAAUGACGUCAACUGCAACUGCUUCUAUGGUGAUGAUGGUUACGCCCCCGAUGCCGGAUUGAAUUCCCCCACUUCCUUGGCUGUGUCCCCUGAUGGGACACUCUUCAUCGCAGACCUCAACAACAUACGCAUCAGAGCAGUGCGAGCCAACCGGCCUGGCCCUGCUGUCUCAAGUGUGGGUUAUGGGGCUUCUGCACAGUAUGAAGUUGCAUCACCAAGGGAGCAGGAGUUGUACAUUUUCAGUGGGGAGGGACUUCAUAUCCAGACAAUAAGUCUGGUGACUGGGGAACCACUUUACAACUUCACGUAUGGUCCUGACGGAGAGCUGGCCAUGCUGGUGGACAACUGCAAUAACACAGUGAAGGUGAGAAGGGACAGCCUGGGCCAAGGAGGAGGAGCUGGCCUGCUCAGGCUGGUGCUACUGCCUGAGAAUCAAGUGGUGACCCUGGGACUGGACCCAACAGGGGGGCUGCGCAGUGUGUCAUCCCUGGGCCAGGAGGUGGCUCUGAUGAGCUACAGUGGCAACACAGGCCUCCUGGCUACCAAAGCUGAUGAGACUGGAUGGACCACAUUUUACCAGUACGACAGCGAGGGUCGCCUGACCAACGUAACAUAUCCUACUGGCAUGGUGACGAGCCUCCACCGUGAGAUUGAACGCUCCAUCAACAUUGACAUCGAGAGCUCCAGCAGAGAUGAUGAUGUCACUGUCAUCACCAAUCUGUCCUCUGUGGAAGCCUCGUACACUGUGGUGCAAGACCAGGUGAGGAACAGCUACCAGCUGUGCAACAACGGGACCCUGAGAGUGAUGUACGCUAAUGGUAUGGGCAUCAGCUUUCACACCGAGCCUCACAUCCUGGCAGGCUCUGUCAGCCCCACAAUUGGUCGCAGGAACAUCACCUUGCCCACUGACAACGGCCUCAACUCCAUUGAAUGGCGUCUGCGCAAAGAGCAAACCAAGGGAAAGAUCACAGUGUUUGGGCGGAAGCUAAGAGCUCACGGCCGAAAUCUUCUCUCCAUUGACUUUGACCGCAACACACGCACAGAGAAGAUUUACGAUGAUCACAGAAAGUUCACACUUCGCAUCAUGUAUGACGCUCAGGGACGGCCAGCUAUGUGGCUGCCCAGCAGCAGCCUGGCGGUGGUCAAUGUGUCGUAUUCUACCACGGGACAGCUCGUUGGUCUGCAGAGGGGGAGCAUGAGUGAGAGGACCGAAUUUGAUCCUCAGGGACGUAUCCUGUCACGUUCUUUUGUAGACGGAAAGGUGUGGAGCUACAGCUAUCUUGACAAAUCCAUGGUGCUCCUUCUGCAGAGCCAGAGGCAGUAUGUCUUUGAAUUUGAUGCGUCAGGUCGGGUCACAGCUGUCACCAUGCCCAGUGUGGCCCGCCACACCAUGUUCACACAUGUGUCUGUUGGCUACAUCCGCAACACCUACAACCCCCCAGAGAGCAACGCCUCCAUCAUCCACGACUUCAGUGAGGAUGGCAGACCUCAGGCCACACAUUACCUGGGCACCGGCCGCCGUGUUCUCUACAAGUAUGGCAAACUGGCAAAGCUGUCAGAGAUUGUGUACGACAGCACGGCUGUCACUUUUGGCUAUGACGAGACAGCUGGUGUGCUUAAGAUGGUCAACCUGCAGAGCGGGGGCUUCUCUUGCACCAUCCGCUAUCGCAAAAUGGGCCCACUUAUUGACAAGCAGAUCUAUCGCUUCAGCGAAGAAGGAAUGGUCAAUGCUAGGUUUGACUACACAUACCAUGACAACAGCUUCCGCAUCGCCAGCAUGAAACCGGUCAUCAGUGAGACACCGCUGCCUGUUGACCUCUACCGAUAUGAUGAGAUCUCUGGAAAGGUGGAGCACUUUGGAAAGUUUGGGGUCAUUUACUAUGACAUAAAUCAGAUCAUCACCACAGCCGUCAUGACGCUGAGCAAGCAUUUCGACACCCAUGGUCGCAUCAAGGAGGUCCAGUAUGAGAUCUUCCGGUCACUUAUGUACUGGAUGACAGUACAGUAUGACAGCAUGGGAAGGGUGGUGAAAAGAGAGCUCAAAAUUGGGCCAUACGCCAACACCACUCAGUACCGCUACGAUUAUGAUGGAGACGGACAGCUCAGUGGCGUCAAGGUGAAUGACUGGUCUACCUGGCGCUAUAGCUAUGACCUGAAUGGUAACCUCCAUCUGCUGAAUCCUGGCAACAGUGCCCGUAUCUUGCCACUGAGAUAUGACCUCAGAGACCGCAUCACACGCCUGGGAGAUGUCCAGUACCGCCUUGAUGAGGAUGGCUUUCUCAGCCAGCGUGGUUCAGAUGUUUUUGACUAUAACUCCAAAGGUCAGCUACUUAGGGCUUACAAUCGAGGUCCCGGCGGCUGGAGCGUUGUGUACCACUAUGACGGGCUGGGCCGCAGGGUGUCCACAAGGAACAGCCUGGGACAGCACCUUCAGUUCUUCUAUGCAGAUCUCAACCACCCAACCAGGGUCACACACAUUUUCAACCACUCCAGCUCAGAAAUCUCAUCGUUGUACUAUGACCUGCAGGGACAUUUAUUCGCCAUGGAGGUUAGCAGUGGAGAGGAAUAUUACAUUGCCUCUGACAACACUGGCACACCGCUAGCUGUUUUCAGCAGCAAUGGACAGAUGAUCAAACAGGUGCAGUACACAGCGUAUGGAGAAGUGUACCUGGACUCCAACCCAGAGUUCCAGCUGGUGGUCGGCUUCCAUGGUGGUCUCUAUGACCCCUUGACUAAGCUGGUCCAUUUCACCCAGCGGGACUAUGAUGUUUUGGCAGGACGCUGGACCUCGCCUGACUACAGCAUCUGGCCCAAGAUAGGGAAGGAUCCCUCUCCAUUUAAUUUGUACAUGUUCAAGAACAACAACCCCCUCAGUGACAUGCUGGACACCAAGAAUUAUGUCACAGAUGUGAAGAGCUGGCUGGUGAUGUUUGGCUUCCAGCUUAGUAACAUAAUCCCAGGGUUCCCUCGACACUCGCUCUACUUUGUGGAGCCACCGUAUGAGCUGCAGGCCACCCAGCACUGUGAAAAUGGACAGCUCAUCACUGGUGUGCAGCAGGCAGCAGAGCGUCACAACCAGGCCUUCAUGGCCCUGGAGGGUCGGCUCCUCAACAAGGAACGCAGAAGACGCAAGGACAAGCCCGGCCACUGGUUUGGCACCAGCACCCCCAUAAUAGGCAGAGGAGCAAUGCUUGCUCUCAAGGAAGGCCGAGUGGUGGCUGGUGUAUCAGCUUUGGCCAGUGAUGACAGCCGCAAAGUGGCCCUAGUUCUUAAUGGUGCCCAGUACCUCGAAGGCACCCAUUAUACCCAGGAUGGGAAGGAUUGCCACUAUUUUGUUAAAGUGGGCUCUGCUGACAGUGACCUGUUGGCCCUGGGUCUUACCAAUGGCCGUAAAUCACUGGAGAGCGGUAUCAAUGUGACGGUAAGUGGCCGCUCAAGAAGAGGAGUGACUGUGGAGUUUGCAGUUCCGUCGUUAAUACUGAGUGUUCGGUAUGGGCUUGCUGUAGAUGUGGUGGAUGAAGAGAAGGUAAGACUGUUGGAACUGGCCAGGCAGAGAGCAUUGGCUGGGGCAUGGGCCAAGGAACAACAGAGGGCCAGGGAUGGGAAGGGAGGUAGUCGCCUCUGGACGGAGGGCGAGAGGCAGCAGCUCCUAACGACAGGUAGAGUACAAGGCUAUGAUGGCUACUAUGUACUGCCUGUGGAACAGUAUCCAGAACUGGCUGACAGCAGCAACAACAUCCAGUUCCUCAGACAGAACGAGAUGGGCAAGAGGUAACAGCCCACGUUAACUUGCUUGAAAGGCACUUUCACUUGUCUAGGUCCUGCUCCUUUUUCCUACCCAAUAUCCUAAACCCUACUCCUCUCAAAACCUAUGGAGAAUUAACCAACAAGCGGGGUUAUUCGCAGAACGCUGCAGGGACUUUUGAAAAGAAUGACUUAUCAGAAAACAUAUUGUUAAUUUUACUGCCACAGGCAAAAAAUUUCAAGUUUGGUCAAAUUGUUCUUUUUUUGAGAAAAAAAACUUUGAACAACUGAAAAGCACUGAAGAACUUUGAGAAAUGUUGCUUAAUGAAUAAGAAGAUUCCCCUUUUUAAAAAAGAUAGUGAUAUUUUCGCCCAUAUUUUUUGGGUCACACUGAGAGCGGCCGUGACAGCUACUCAGCACUCGGUGGAGUUGUACUGUGCUGGCUUCUGCACAUGAAGGCUUUUCUGUCUCUAACAAACACUGAAGGCACAGGGACCAAAGUGGAGACAAACCCAAUCCAGAGGGCACCCAUUACAACUACACUUUAACGGAGGACAUCAUAAACAGCGACAAACAAUACAAUGUUAAAGGUCGUCCAAUACUAUGAGUUGUCUCCCCGUCUCAGGCCUCCCUUCGUCCCACCAUGGACCAGUCCUCUGCUGCUGAGGCUGCACACAUCCAACCAAGCAACACAAAAGCUGUCCUUGAACAAAUCCAAGCUGUUAAUGGACUAGAUAAUAAACUUUUUAAAAAACAAGGUAAAAAAAAAAGUGAUGGCUAUAUUUGUGGACAGUGGUAUCACACAGCAUUGUUUAUUUUGAAAUGGGGAGAAGAAUCAUACUACUACAUAUGUGUCAGACUACGCUAAAUUUCAGGAUGUUGCGUAUACUGUAGAUGCCGUAGUUUUGUACGUUUCAGUCGCGGUAGAAUUGUGAGACUUUCACCAAGGCACUUCUGUACAGAACGAUGAAACACAACACUCACAGUCCAGAAAACAUGCUAUGUUAUUAUUUAUUUUAUUCUUUUUUUAUUUAUUUAUUCUUAGUACUAUACGACAAUCAUGAAUGAGUCACCAGUUCUAUUCCAAAUGAACAUUAACGGAUGAGUUUAUUUUCUUUUGUAAAAUAUGUAAGAAAUGUUCAUUUUGUUUUUGUAUUAAUUUCAGUUUGCUGCCAGGGCAAAUAAUAGUCACUCUCAAAAAGAAUAAUUUAUGUAAUAAAGUGUUUUAAAAAAAUACAGUUUAUACUUUAAAUAAAGUCUUUAAAACUGUGAAUCUGUUUUUUCGAAAUAUAUUUCGAUGUACAGUGUAUAGACCUACCUUUAUGCAGCACAGUAGAAUAUUGUCCAAAAUAUCAAGUUUUAUAUUUCUAAGAGGAAGUGGCUUGUAAUGUGCUAAAUCUUUAGCUGGUCUUACUACUCUAGAGUUUUGUGGCACUCUAAUAUUCCAUAUCUACAAUACCAAUCCCCAGUUUGUUGUUUUUGACUGUUUUUUGUUUGGAAGCAGACAUAUUUCUGUCCUAGAUCGCAACAGCAGUAGCAGUAAUGGAUCCCUCUCACUGUGAAGAGACUCGUGCUGGAUGUCAUAAUGUACCAAAUCAGUAUUAUCAAAGGAUGAUUCUUAUACAUUCACUGAAACGAGACUCUUCUGAGAACCUUAUCAAUAAAACAUAAUUGUUUACUUCAACUGAGCAAUGUGUAGUUCACUUUCAUCUCGUUUUUUGCGAUUGCAGUUUUUUGAUGUUCUUUUUACAGUAGCAUCUUUCACCAGACUUGAAUGGCAUGCACUGCCAUGCAUUUCAACCCGAUUUUUUAGUGUUGUUGAUA